GCACAGGGAAACAGGUUGGGAAGGGGGAGUGGGUGCGGGGAAGGGCAGGAGGAAGACUGAGCCGGGAUGGCCGCUCAAAUUCCAAUUGUAGCCACCACUUCCACUCCGGGGGUAGCCCGGAACAGCAAGAAGAGGCCUGCCAGCCCUGGCAACAAUGGCAGCGUCACUGGGGGGUACAGCGCCAGUAAGAAGAAAAAAUCGUCAGCUUCCAGUUUUGCGCAGGGUAUCAGCAUGGAAGCCAUGAAUGAGAAUAAAACGGUGUCCUCAGAUUUUAGCACAGGACGUGUAGAAAGAGCUGCCAAACCCUUGCCUUUUAAGGAUCCCAACUUUGUGCACUCUGGCCAUGGUGGCGCUGUAGCUGGCAAGAAGAACAGAACCUGGAAGAACCUGAAGCAGAUUCUCGCUUCUGAAAGGACAUUGCCGUGGCAACUGAAUGAUCCUAACUACUUCAGUAUUGAUGCUCCUCCAUCGUUUAAACCAGCCAAGAAAUAUUCUGAUGUUUCAGGUCUUCUUGCCAGCUACACAGAUCCCCAGAGCAAGCUGCGUUUCAGCACCAUUGAAGAGUUUUCCUACAUCCGGAGGCUGCCGUCUGAUGUUGUCACUGGCUACCUGGCUCUGAGAAAGGCCACAAGCAUCGUUCCCUGAGCCCUGGAAAUGGAAAUGAAGUGGAAAACUAUUUCACAGGCAGACUUUGGACUUGAAAUUCUGUUUCAUGGAAACAAACUCAUUCUGCUGUCAGUUUUUAAAUGCCAAUGCUGUGCCUUGGAAAGAAUGUUGGGUUUUAAUUUAAGUUUUUUUUUUCUGUUUUCCCUCAAAGUCUGAUAUUUCCUGUGAAUUAAAUUAUACUGCAGUUGUUGCCACAAGUAAAGUUGUUUGACAAGAAAAUACAAUAAAAUUGUGCUUUUAAUUUAA